GACACUUUGGCAAAUGCUGCUCCUUAUCUUAACUACACCAUCAUUCCUUAACCGGGCUCUCCUUGGCGCAUCCAGCCGGACUGCGACAGAUCAACCCGGGCCUGCUGCCGUUGCAAUGUAAGCGCGUUUGCCCACCCGUUAACGACAUUGCUGCAUUCCUCAGCAAAAUCACUGCGAUGCUGCUCAUUUAGCACGAUGAUGUCUCUUCUAGCCCUCACAGUGAUUCCAACAAGCAAAAAGAGCGUACAAAAAAUCCAUUGUAAAUCCUAUUGCUGUGAAGUACAUUUGCCGUCCAUGCCUUUAACACAUACAUUCUGCUUUUAAGAACAGAUUGAGCUUCUACAUUAUCCGUAAUGGCGAUAGGGCGCGACAGAAGUAUCGGUAUGGUUUUAUGGGUGAGCGACGUCGACGAGCUGCAUAAAAAUGCGCCAUGCGCUACUCGUACGGAUAAGUCGGUAUGACAGAAGAGGGCAGAAUCCUGUGGGGCCUGUGGGGCCUGUGGUGGGCGGAUGGUGCAGAAUCUCAUUAUGACGCCUUCCUCAACAGUAUGACAAGUACGGAACCACUCCACUGAAGCGCGAGGCUGCGUUGUUAUGGCGGAAGCUGGUUCCGCUCGACAAACGCACCCAAACUCACCCAGCUAGUGACAACUGGCGGUUGCGUUGCAGUUGUGAAGACGCUGGGUGAGCUUAAGAAACAAGACGGGAACGCGGAGUGGGCUUGUCAGGCGAUAGCCGUUAAUCAUCUUAGCGGCUGUGUUAUCCCCUUGCGCUCUGUUGCAGCCUGUCUUAGCAGUGCCGGUACAAGCACGGUCGUGGUGCGGCUACAGCGGUGCAUAUGUGUGCCGGAGCGGCUUAAACUGGGGAUUGGGAUAUAUACGUGCAGGGAUAUAUCCAGUGCGCCUCGGCAGUGACCGGCUUCCCUCCUGUCAUUAUACUUUCACUCGACCCGACCCGGCGUGCGCCACGCGCAGCACCUGCUAAUCUGCCCUCUAGCGCGCCAUUAUUCACACCGGUCAGCCACUAGCCAACCGUGUUUAUCGCUUUAAUCAUGUCUGCCACCGACAACGCCACCCGUCCUCCGGCUUUUCUUAUCUCCACGGUUAAGUACUUCCUCGUUUCCUAUCCACAGACAUCAUACGUUGUAUAAUUAUUAUUUUGGCGAUUACUGUGGAAAGAGUUCUGCUGAUGCUACAUGUACGUAGACAUAGAUUUUGUUGUACGGGAAGGUAGACUAGAUGGAAGAGGACGCUGAAUGGGAAUUUCAAGGAUAUGAAUGCAGCUGAUAAUACCAGUGCAACCGGCAAUAAUGCAGAGCGCGGAUGUUUCAUUGCGGAAGGGAAGGAGACGGUGAUAACGCUGCCGGUGGACGAGGAGAACGCCGACUAUGGCAUCGAGCUGACCGGCGGCCGUUACACUUACCUGGGCAGCAUCUGCGUGCAGAAGAUCUACAAAGAGUCAGUCGCCUGCGCCGAUGGCCGGCUCAGACGUGGCGACAUCGUGUUGGCGAUCAAUGGGAAAUCAAUGAAAACGGUCUCGCUGGAGGACGCCAAAUCGGCCCUGGUCGACGCACAACCCCAACCGCUGCAGAUCACCAUCCUCCGCGAUCCCGAUCCCGUCCAGCUCUUCACUAGCCAAGAAGAUCCGAAGAUCUUCAUCACGGCUGAAUUGUGGAAGAACCACGCUAAUGAACCCUUGGGCAUCUCCCUAAUGGAGCGCAAGGGUGUGGGCGUGUUUGUCACGUGGGUGAACCCCAACUCGCCUGCUGGCCGCAACCAGCGCAUUCGCCAGGGUGACAAGAUCAUCGACAUCAACGGCCGCCCCGUCAAAGGUUUCGACCAGGCUCAGGUGGCCGCCAUCCUUAGGGAGGCCGAGUACAACGUGGUGAUAGUACUGGGUCGUAUUCCAUCGCUGUACGCGGCCAUCCAAGAGUGGGCGCGUGACGCUCACUCCGUCCUGCAUCUGAGUCUGGGCGCCGGUGUUCAGCGUACCUCUACCUGGACCUGCUCCGAGCUUAACGCCCUCCGACAGCACCGACUGAAGAAGGGCGAAGACCUGGAGGGGAUUAACAUGCGGAAGCGCAGCCGGCGCUUCUCUGCCUUCAACCUGCGUCUGCGCUCGAACUCCACGCAGAUAGAACGUCUAGCCAUCCAGCACGCCUAUGCCGCCACCGGUCCCCCGGUCAGCUCACGGUUCCACUAGACUUUAACGGCGCAUUCGCUAUGCUAACCUUUAUCGAUCGGUUGAAUUCUGUCGAUCGUCUUCGGCAAAAACAAAAUUAAUGUGAUUUCCCUUUUUCCACGGCAUGACCUUGUAUCACUUUUGUCAGUUAACUGGAUGGAAAUGUCAGAAAUGCUGCCACUAUUAAACAGCUGAUCUCCAUG